AUGUUCACUUCAGCCAGCGGGAAUGCAGUAGAGGUGCAUUUAUUCACACAGUCAAUGUCUGGUGUGGCAGGUCAAAGUGCCAAGGUGAUUGCCAGGAGUGAGAGGGGAUUGUUCUCAUUCGUUCAUCCAACCAUUAAGUUUGGUACUUUAAAUUUAAAGACUUUAAAAAGAAAGUGCAGAACUGAUUCAGAUACGACAAGUUACACGUGUCAAAGAGCUGAUAAAAAACCUGUCCAAUUUACGGCAAUCUUAAGGUACCAUUCUUUAUCAGCCGACUUUAUUUGUAAUUAUGAAUGCUUAAUUGUUGUGGCAUUUCCACCUUCACAAAGGGGCACAUAUAUUUAUAUUUGGCUCAAAAUCAAUUUUACGCCCUUUUUCUACUCUAAAGCUAUACACAAAUUUUUUAGUGGUUAUCAACCUUUUUCUGGCAUGGACAUAACUAUUACUUCAUUAAAGCUAAUUUGGUUUGUAUUCAUUUUUCCUACUCUAAUCUCCUUUUAUAGUCAAAAUGAAAUGUUGAUCUUCUUAUGUUUUAUUUUACUGCAUUGA